UCCCAAGGCAAGGUAUCUUCCGCGAGUCUGUCAGGGCAGUCAAGGAACAAGACGAUGUAAACAAGGGUGGGCCAGGCAGGUAUGCGGGCAUCGAUAUGGACGAGCAGAUCGUCGACUCGAUGGUCUACAGACUGUUCAGGGAGCCGGACGCUUUCGAUGUCGUCGUGGCCCCCAACCUCUACGGUGACAUCCUGUCCGACGCUGCCGCUGCGCUCGUCGGAUCGCUCGGCCUCGUCUCGAGUGUCAAUGCAGGCGACUCCUUCUUCAUGGGCGAGCCCGUCCACGGCUCGGCUCCCAACAUUGCCGGGCAGGGCAUCGCCAAUCCUAUCGCCUCGAUCCGCUCAGGCGCCCUUAUGCUCGAGUACAUGGGCUACACGGAGCCAGCACUCAAGAUCUACUCGGCAGUCGACAAUGUUUUGCGCAAGGCUAAUGUCCUUACCCCUGACCUCGGUGGAAGCGCGAAGACUGCCGACGUCGAGGCGGCCGUCCUGCUUGAGCUGGGCGCCUAACGCUGGUAUCGAAUGUCGUCACUGGUGGUCGCAAUG